AUGAGUUUUACCACUACCAACAGCGACAAAUAUACUUCAAAAUCUCCUACGAUGAAGCAGGAGACUCCAAUUUCACCACCUCCAUUUACUUCCCAAAACCCCAAAUUGGAGCCGGCGCUGGAACCAGUACCACCAGUCCAGCACUCAUCAACAGCCUCAAAAACAGAUCAGAAACGGCCUUUUAAAAGUGGUAUCGGCUCAAUUGAUGCUCCCCUUGAAGCGCCCAAGACGACUCUGGGCCAGUGUACGGGGUGUGGUCGUUAUAUCAGAAAGAACUUAGCCCGCCACAUGAACACUCACCGUGGCGGCCAACGGUGGCCGUUUGUGUGUAAGUUCCGAGCACUAGGAAAGUGCUCCAAGAUGGCAAAGUUCCCCACGUUCUUCAAGUGCAAGUUACACAUGCUUAACCACCAUUUCCGGUUUGACGACCGUCAUAGCUCACGCGACGUUAAGCACACAGACCGUUUGAAAUUGACUGGGAAAUGUGAAUGCGGCUACCACUGUGUGGCUGAAGAGUGGUUUAAUGGCCAUGUGUUGACGUUUGAAAAGACUUGCCCUUUUAUUCCUAACCCUAGGUUUAUGUCAAUGCCUCGAGUCCACCUUAAGAAAUGA